AUGCAGUACGUACGGAAUCUCAGCGCCUCCGUCUCUUCGACAUGGAACUCUAUAAACCCGGCAACCCUUAGUGGUGCCAUCGAUGUCAUCGUCAUCGAGCGGGAGGACGGCUCUCUCAACUGUUCGCCUUUCCACGUGCGCUUCGGAAAGUUCUCGCUGCUGAGGCCCUACGAGAAGAAAGUCGAAUUCAAGGUCAACGGCGUCAAACAACCUUAUUCCAUGAAGCUCGGCGAGGAGGGGGAGGCCUUCUUCGUCUUCGAAACAAGCGAUACUAUCCCGAGGGAUCUGCAGACUUCGCCUUUAGUCUCCCCAGCGUCAAGUCCUCCCUUGAACCCGGAGAAUCCCUCUUCGCCUGGACUCGGGGAGCCAGAACUUCUGGAUCUGGAUUCGGAGGCUUCAAAGCCUCGACGACCGCCUCCAUCUGUCCUGCACGCAGCAACAUUCGGACCCGGACCCCAUGGGCUAAACACACCUCUGUCAACGUCCCCUGACCUUUCAUCCCACGCACGACUGCGAUCGGAAGACUGGGAUUCCUCAGCCGCCCAGCGCCCUUACAGCGAUGACGUCUUGCGCAAAUCAGCUCGUACGAGCGACCGAGUAUUCGGCGAAGGCCUGACCGACUUCGCCAUGUCCGAGCGAUCACAAAGCCCUCCUCCGUUGGCACCCAAAGAAGCGCUGGAACGCGCUCUUAUGCUUUCCAAGGAGCUAUCGGCCAACAACAUUCCUAGCCAUGUGACCGAGAGCGGUGACCUCAUGCUUGACAUGACUGGGUUCAAGAGCAACGAAGAAGAUGUGUUCCGCGCCGAGAUUCUUGCGCGAAAGAUCCUCUCCGAGGAGCUCGAGGGCCCGUACGAUAUUGGUUCGCUUUUCGGCAUGGACGAGCAUGGAAACAUCUGGAUCUACAGCAGUGAAGAGGCCAAAGAGGCUGCGAAGAAGAAGACCAUGGAAGCUGGCUACCGCCUCCAUUCCGUGAUCGCGGCGGAUGCUGCGUCCGACCCGGGAUACCAGAGCGACGGUAGCGAUGUGACUACCACCGUGCCUCCUCCAAACCACCGAAGGACCGAGUCAGACGCCGGUGCAUCUGGCCUACACACUCCUCCUACGACACCUCCUCAAUCGACGGCUGGAGACCCAAACUUGAAUUACGCAAAGACGUUGAGGUUGACUAGUGAUCAGCUGAAAGACCUGUGUCUGAAGCCUGGAGAGAAUACUAUGAGCUUCACCGUCAAUAGAGCGACGUGCCAGGCCAACAUGUACUUGUGGAGGCAUGAGACGCCCGUUGUCAUCUCGGACAUUGAUGGCACGAUUACCAAGUCGGACGCUCUGGGCCACGUUCUCAACAUGAUUGGCCGUGACUGGACGCACGCUGGAGUAGCCAAACUCUACAGUGACAUUGUCGCAAACGGAUACAACAUCAUGUACCUGACCAGUCGAUCAGUGGGUCAAUCCGAUACGACUAGGGCGUAUCUCGCCGGUAUUCAACAGGGAGAAUACCGUGUGCCGCGGGGGCCUACCAUCUUGUCCCCAGAUCGGACCAUGGCCGCACUCCGCCGCGAGGUCUACCUCAGGAAACCCGAAGUUUUCAAGAUGGCCACUCUUCGGGAUAUCCGCAAUUUGUACGGCCCUGAUCGGACACCAUUUUUUGCUGGAUUUGGAAACCGUCUCACGGACCAGAUUUCGUACAGGACGGUGGAUGUUCCCAAGAAACGUAUCUUUACCAUCAACUCCAACGCUGAGGUUUCCCUCGACUUGCUCACGUUGAACAAACUCAAGCUGAGUUACAUCAACAUCAAUGAGGUCGUCGACCACUUCUUCCCUCCCGUUAGCACUCUGGUCAAGGGUGGAGGAGAAGAGUAUACGGACUUUUCAUAUUGGAGAGAUACCCCAUUGGAUUUGGAUGAAUUCUCUGCGAGCGAUACAGAUGACGAUAAUGAGCAAGCUGAUCUGGAAGAAGAUGUUGACGAUGACGAGGAGAUUGGUGAUGAGAUGGGACAGAGCUACAUUUCCCGAGACUCGGUCGACGAUUACGGCGAUGAACGCGAGAGCAUCCUUAGUGGAAGCAUCGACGGCGACGACCAGCUGGCCGCCUCCAUCCUGGAGGAUGAUGACGCCGAUGACGAGGACGCCGAAGAGGAGGAGGACGACGAAGAAGACGAAAUGGCUGAGCUCGAAGUGCGGAAGCAACGCGAGCGAACGCCUCAGCCCAGCGGCAAGGAAACCAAGUCUUCCACACCGGCACCAACGAUGCUUGUGGAAGACAUUGGCGCCGAGUUGAUCACUGGGGUAAAUCAUCUCACCCUUGAAAAAGGCGUGCAGAAAUAG